AUGUCGACAGGAGUCGUCGAGGGGCAUGAUGCCGGACGGGUGGACGAGAAGCAAGCGGGCGCACACCACGUCGACGCUCCCAACUCCAAGGUGCUGGGCGACACGGACUUCAUGAACGAUGCCUUUGACGGAGAGAACGAGGAGCACGAGCUGGGCAUGUGGGAGGCCGUCAAGUCGCACCCAAAAGCUUGCUUCUGGGCCUUUAUCAUGUGUUUCACGAUUGUCAUGGAGUCAUUCGACAUGUUCCUGAACGGCAAUUUUGUGGCUCAGAGGGCAUUCCAGAUGCAGUACGGCGUCCAGGUGGGAGAAGAAUAUGUCAUCGAGACCAAGUGGCAGAGCGCACUCUUCCAGGCCGGCCAGUGUGGUGCUUUCGUCGGAGUCUUCCUGGCCGGUCCUGUCGUCAACCGCUUCGGUUACCGAGUGACGACUCUCUUGGCCCUCAUCCUCAUGAACGCCACCAUCUUCGUGUCCUUUUUUGCCAACUCCCUCGAGCUUCUCACUGUCGGACAAGCGUUGGAGGGCGUCCCCUGGGGUUUCUUCAUUGCCAUCGGCCCUGCCUACGCCAGUGAGAUCGUCCCUCUCGCCCUCCGUGGCGCCUGCACGGCUACUCUGCAGAUGAGUUGGUCCAUUGGUUCCAUCAUCGUCGCCGGCGCCACCCUCGGUUACAACAAGCGGAUGGACGAGUGGGCGUGGCGCGGACCUCUGGCCUUGCAAUGGAUCUUUCCCACCCCCCUCAUGGUGAUCAUCUUCUUCGCCCCCGAGUCUCCCUUUUGGCUCAUCCGUCGCGGACGCAAGGAAGAGGCCCUUCGCUCCGUCAAGCGCCUCGGCGCUAGUAACGCCACCAUCCAGCAGAACCAGCAAAAGUACGCCAUGAUUGAGCGAACGGUCGAGAUCGAGUCUCAGUUGGGCGGCAACCCGACCCUGCUGGACCUGUUCAGGGGCGUCGACCUGAGGCGAACCACCAUCACCUGCUUGAUGUACGCGUCGCAGAACUUUGCCGGUAACCUGAUUGCCAACCAGGCGACCUUCUUCUUCGAGCAAGCCGGAAUGGGCCACGACCGCGCUUUCGACCUCAACCUGAUCAACUCGUGCCUCCAGCUCUUCGCAAACGCCCUCUCGUGGCCUCUCACCGCCUGGUUCGGCCGCCGAACCAUCUACCUCUGGGGCACAAUCACCAACGUCACCCUCCUCAUGAUCCUCGGCAUAUGCGCCUCGAUCAAGCAGACCGUCGCGACCAACUACGCCCAGGCGGUCCUCGGCAUUCUCAUCUCCUUCGUCUUCGCCGGCACCCUUGGACCCAUCUCGUACACCAUCAUCGCCGAGACGUCCGCCGUCCGACUCCGCGCCCUGAGCACCGCCGUCGGCCGCGCCGCCUACUACGUCGCCGAGAUCCCCAUGAUCUAUCUGGCCUCGCAGAUGCUGAACCCGACGGGAUGGAACCUUGCAGGAAAGUGCGGAUAUGUCUGGGGAGGCACUGCCUGCGUCUGCUGGAUCAUGGCCUUCUUCUUCCUGCCCGAGCUCAAGCACCGCUCGUACCGCGAGACGGACAUCCUGUUCAACCGCAGGGUUCCCGCCAGGAAGUUCAAGUCGACUGUUAUUCAGGUGACGGACAACGAAUAA